GUAGGUAGUUUUUUUUAAGUGCAGUCGAGUCGAAUAUUUAAUUUUUUUUUCUUAGAGAAGUUUCUGAUUACCAGGAUGUGAACGAAAGUGAAAUAAUACUUAAAUCGAUAGAAAAAAAACGUUUAAAGCGAUUUUUAAAUAAACCAUAAAUAAGAAAUCGUAAAUAAUAAAAUAUAGCAAGAAAUAUACAGGUCUUGUAUAUAUUUUUAAAAUUUUAAACUUGUAAUGGGUAAUGGAUUCACACAAUUAUAACGAAGUUAAUAAAAAGAACGUAAUAUUUAACUGUAUUUUAAAUACAUAUAUGAAAUCGUAAAUGAAAUAUAGCAAAAAACAGACGCGUCCUAUUUUUUUUUAAAUUUAAACCCCUAUUUAGGUAUAUUUAUUGGAUUCCUGCAAUAAUUAUGAAGAAGUUAUUAAAAAUAAUAAUAUUAUAAAUGAUCUGUACAUAUAUGUAAUCGUAAAUAAAAUAUAGCAAGAAACAAACAGGCAUUUUAUAUAUAUUUUUUUUUUAAGUUUGAGUUUAAUCUAAUUAUGGAUUCCUGCAAUUAUAAAGAGGUUAACUGUGCCGAGGACGUGAUAAAAGAAAAAGAGUCGCUGAUAUCCAUUACGAAACAGAUUUUCAUAAGCAGUGCAGUAUGGGUGCAGUUUUUCAUGACCGGCAUGUGUAUCGGAGCACCCACGGUAUUUAUUCCGCAAAUUAAGAACGAAACCAACUCCACUCAAGUAAUUGACGAGGAAAUGGGAUCUUGGCUGUUUUCAACCAGCGGCUUCGCAAUGUACCCAUGGCUCAUCAUCCUGCCACUCUUCACCAAACGCUACGGUCGGAAGCUUCCUCAACUCAUCACCGCGAUAUGUUCCAUAGCCAUAUUCAUCAUCCUUUACUUCAGCCAAAAUGUUAUCCAAAUCCUCGUAUCUGAAGUCCUUCAAGGAUUCGUUUACGCUGGCAAUAUAUCUGUUAGAAUCUUAAUAGUCACUGACUAUACGUCCCCGAAAUACCGAGGGGUGUUCUUAGCUAUAAAAUCCGCGAGUUUUUUCUGGGGUAUAUGGAUGGCGAAUGCUAUAGGCACGUUUUUUUACUGGAAAAACAUAGCUAUUGUCGGUUUUAUAUGUGCAGUUUACACGUUAAACGUCUUGUUAUGGCCUGAGUCCCCAUAUUGGUUGGCCAGUAAGGGAAGGUUCGUCGAAUGCAGGAAAUCGUUCAGAUGGAUUCACGGUGUUAACACAAAAUCCGAGAUCGAGUUAAAAGAGUUGAUCAAAGUGCAGACUGAAAGAAUUAGAUUGGAGAAUGAGUAUGGUAAAAUGGGGUUUAAGGAAAUGGUUAAAAGCAGCGAAUUUUAUAAACCUUUAUUUUUGUCUAUUGCGACAAUAGUUCAGUACCAUUUUUCUGGUAAAAUUGCAAUCAGUUUGUAUAUAUUGGAUAUAUUUAAGAAUAUAACUGCGGAUGAGCGCUCGGCGUAUAUGGCUAUGUUAAUUUUGGAUGGUGUAACAGUUUUCGGGAUGUAUGUGGGGUCAUUUUUGUCGCGGAUUUUAAAACGACGUACGUUAUACAUGUCUUGUUCGUUCACUGGUGUUGCAGUUCUGUUCGCAAUAUCUGUAUAUCUGUUUUUAGUUAGAUUAAACGUAUUGGAUGAGAAUCACUUUGUUACUAUUGCGUUGCUCUGUUUAUAUUCUAUAGCAAUUAGUUGUGGUCCAUUGAUAUUAUCAUUCUCUUUAUACGGGGAAUUGAUAUCGCUGAAAUUCCAAGCAAUAUCGUAUACGCUGGUAUCGUUAACAUUUGGUGUAUCUUACUCAACUCUUAUUAAGGUAUCUCCGAGUAUGUUCAGAAAUUUUGGUAUUGAUGGCACAUUCUUGUUCUUUACUGCAACCUGUGGGCUAAUAACUAUUUACUUGUAUUUCUGUUUGCCCGAAACCAAGAAUAAGACUCAGUUAGAAAUCGAAGCGUAUUUCAAAAAUAAGAGUAAAGUUAUUCAAAAUGAUUAUAACUCAGUUUUACUUACGAAAGAGGUAUAUUAAGCGAACUUAAUUUAGUUUUUUGCUGAGGUUGUGAUCCCUUCUAUCAAUAUGUGAUGAUAAAUCGACAACUUCUGGUUACCUGGCAGAGAUCGUUUCAAAGCGAUGAGGCCGCCAAAUUGUACUACUUACUAUUUUUGUGGUGUAAUAUUUUUUUUGUGUUUCGUUUUAAAUGGUGUACAAAUAAAGCAUAUUAUUUCAACUUUUACAGACUGGUAAUGGGGCUGCCAUAUUUCGAAGCAUAUUCAUAGAUGUCGUUUUACCUAACAACUCAAAAUCACGAGCAGUAUUUCGUAGACCGUGUCGUUCUACCUAAAAAUUUGAAAAACAAGUAGAAUAGCCUUGUUCGUUUGAAUUUUUUUUUUUUCACGAUUUGCAUAAAAUUUGUUUUGCGAAUUUUCCUUAUCUCUAACGAAUGAUAUAAAAUAAUAAAAUUACUUAACUAGUUAACUUAACUAAAAAUUAAAUAAAUUAUAAUUACAUAAAAUUAUAUCUACUUUACGAGACAUUUUAGCGUGAUUAAUAGGGUGACAGAAGGGCUGGCUCAUUUUUUGCGCAACGGAUCAGCCUGGCUGUCCAGCGCGGAAAUGCAGCCAGUAUUCUGUGCACCAU